CGCGAUCCGCAAGCACGCACCGUCUCCUCGCCCGCCCGCCCCUUCGCUAAACCAGUAAACCCUACUCGCCGGCGAGAGAGAGCUCCGCGCUCGCGAGCCAGCCCGACUGACGACAAUGGCGUCCCGCAUCAAGUUCGAGAACUCGUGCGAGGUGGGCGUCUUCGCGAGGCUCACCAACGCCUACUGCCUCGUCCCGCCCGGCGCCUCCGAGGGCUUCUACAGUGUGCUCGAUGCCGAGCUCGGCGGCGGCGUCCCGGUGGUCAGGUCCUCCGUCGCCGGCACCAGGAUCGUCGGGAGGCUCUGCGUCGGUAACAAGAAAGGGCUGCUUCUUCCACAUAACGCCACCGAUCAAGAGGUCCAGCACCUGAGGAACAGCCUGCCUGACGAAGUGGUCGUCAGGUGCGUCGACGAGCGCCUGUCCGCCUUGGGGAACUGCAUUGCCUGCAACGACUACGUCGCGCUCACACACCCUGACCUGGACAAGGAAACUGAGGAGGUCAUUUCAGAUGUUCUUGGGGUAGAAGUGUUCAGGCAAACGAUUGCAGGGAACAUCCUGGUUGGGAGCUACUGCACCUUCACGAACAAAGGAGGCCUGGUUCACCCGCAGACGUCGGUGGAGGACCUGGACGAGCUCUCGACGCUGCUGCAGGUGCCCCUGGUCGCCGGCACCGUCAACAGGGGCAGCGACGUCGUCUCCGCCGGCAUCGCCGUCAACGACUGGACGGCGUUCUGCGGCUCCGACACCACGGCCACCGAGGUCUCAGUGGUCGAGAGCGUGUUCAGGCUCAGGGAUCCCCGCCCGGGCGCACUGGGUUCGGACGUCAAGAGCUCCAUGGUUCAGGAUUUCUUCAGAAGUUAAGAGUAAGGGCCUCGAGAACUUGCCAAAGGUAAAGGCAAUAGGUUCUACAGAGAUUUUGCACCCGG